AUUGUGCAACAUUUCAAGUAUAAAAGAGUAGCUCAUGUGAAGAAGAUAUUCUGAACAACUCAGCAAGCAAAACAGAAGAGACAUCGACGCGAAGAAGACACGAUAUAUUGAAAGAAGGAACUGAGAAUUAAGCUUUCAAAAUGGCGUUGAAAAUUUUGGUGGCGUCUUUUCUACUGCUGGUUUUACAGAGUGAGGCCCUCCCUGUUGCUAACCUGAGAGCAAAGAAACAAGCGGCCAGAGCAUGGACAAUUGGAGCAUGGUCCGAGUGUACUGCAACUUGUGGCACUGGACUGCGAACUAGAUCAGUGCGGUGUCUGGAUGAGGAUCUGGUGAUUGCCUCAGAUUGUGACAACCAGAUGAGACCUGUACCCUACGAAUUCUGUGCACAAAUAGACUGCACCACUAAUGCUCCAACACCUAACUCUCUUCCUGCUGAUGGAGACUAUCAAUGGGUGAAUGGAGACGGAACCUCUAUCAUGCUUAACUUUGAAGACCAGGGAAACGGUGUGUACGUUGUCAUGCAGAAUACCACAGAGAGUGACCAGACAAGGACGACCUUCACAGAAACCGUUACUGCAUCGCCUACAUCGACACAAAGACAAAGCUCUUUUUCAGUAUCGAGUCGAGAUAAUGACAUCACUACACGACAGAGUACAGGCGGAGACAACAUACUUGUUGCCAACGGUGAAGAUGUAUUGAUUGUCGAUAACAUACAGCAACAAAGUGUAGAGGGAAUAGACUACACAGGAGGAACCAUUACCCUUCCAGAUGGAACUGUAGUCGCUAAUAAUGUGAACACACUCACAUAUUUCGAUGGAUUCCGAUUCUACGAGUUUACUAGCGAUACGAUAAACGACCUUCCGGGGCCAGGCAUGCUAUACUACAAUCCCACAACAGGAACUGCUCUUUACUCCAUAAACGGGGUAUUUAACUCACAACUCGACUCUUUCAUUAGUAGCAUAACUCCUCCUACUCAACCUGAGGAGGUCACCCCCACCACAGCCCCCCAAUCCACCACUCGAGAGCUGGUCACAGAAGAUCAGGUACUCAUGACUACUACUGAGACAGUAACUGUGGCAACUGAGCCCGAAGCUACUACAGCAGAGCCUGAAGCUACUACAGCAGAGCCUGAAGCUACUACAGCAGAGCCUGAAGCUACUACAGCUGAGCCCGAAGGUACUACAGCAGAGCCUGAAGGUACUACAGCAGAGCCUAUAACCACGGAAGAGAGCAGUAAAAGUAGGAGCAGGAGUAAGACAUCAAAGGAAGAGUCAAAGGACGAUAGUGAAUGCACUAAGAAGAGGUGCAAGAGCGGUAAAGGAAGCAAGGGGCAGAGGGAAGAAGAUGAUGAGAGCAGCUCUAGCAGCAGCUCUAGUGAAGGUUCUGAAAGUUCGAGCAGCUCCAGUGAAGGUUCUGAAAGUUCAAGCAACUCCAGUGAAAGUUCUGAAAGUUCCAGCAGCUCCAGUGAAAGUUCUGAAAGUUCCAGCAGCUCCAGUGAAAGUUCUGAAAGUUCCAGCAGCUCCAGUGAAAGUUCUGAAAGUUCCAGCAGCUCCAGUGAAAGUUCUGAAAGUUCCAGCAGCUCCAGUGAAAGUUCCAGCAGCUCCAGUGAAAGUUCUGAAAGUUCGAGCAGCAGUUCUAAUGAGCAAGCAGAAGAUGAAGCAGAAGAUGAAGGGGAUCAGAGCAAAAAAUCCAAGAAGAGAAAGGGGUAGUGUCACCGAAUCAAAAUCAAUCAAAAUCUAGUAUCUAGCUAAGAACCCAAACUCAGCAGAAACUAUUAGCUAGCUCUCAUGACAGUUGGUUGUUAAAUUGUACUGCUCUUAGAUGUAUAUAAUCUGUUACAAUUCA